AUGAAAAUUCGAAUGAAGCUCUCCCUACUGGGUAUAACGGCAUCCGCCGCUAUACAUCUUCAUUCUCGCUCUUCUGCACCGCCAUGCACAAAUUCAGCUUCGACAUUGUCUCUCAGUGAUCCGCCCUACAGUAACUACUUUUACUCUGACUGUAAUGUUGCCGCCCAGGUGGUAGUCACUAGUCCUUUGCCGGACAGCAAUCUAUCCACCAUCGUCCCACGUCUAAUCGUUGCCUGGCCCGCGGGUAACAGUGGUAUAUGUACCUUCUUUGCGCCCCAGGAUGGAGUCAACGGAACUCUAUCAGUUGAACUGGUGAACUCGACAAUCGGACAGCCAUUAGCACCGGUUUAUAAUGCUUCUGCAACAAGCAACUAUCCCAAUGUGGGUGUUCAAGGGAUUAUAAGAUUCAACUCAUCCGCUGUCCUCUCUCUACCUAUCUUGGGGAGUAUUCGCACCAUCCGAGACUUCGUUGAGGGUGCUAGUAUCCUCUACCCAGAGAUUCAGAAUGCCAAUAAGUAUACUACCAACAGUGAUGGAAGUGCCUCGGUCGAGCGGCAGUGGUUCGAUAAUGUCACUACUACGAGUCUUUCUUUUCAUCCUCGGAUUAAUGGCUUCACCAGUGGCAAUUCGACUGUCACAGUUGCUAACGGUACACUGGAAUUCGGAGCAGGCGAGUAUCUGUUCACAGCACAAUUUAACUAUCCACAACUCGCAUCAUUGAAGCCAGAUGCAGUACUGAAUAAUCAGUCUACAUAUCUGACUACCACCAUGCCCGAUCAGACAACUGCGCUCUCUUUCCUAUCGUACUCUGAGAAAUUGCUUGCAGGGGCUUGGCGGUUCCUGACGUAUUUUGGGCGGGACUCGAUGAUCUCUGCGCUUCUGUUAGAGUCCGUUUUAAGCACCGGAAAUGGAACAGCUAUGGAGGCUGUCCUGGGUGCUGUGUUGGAGCGUGUCAACCGGUCUGAUGGCAGUGUUUGUCAUGAAGAGACCAUUGGCGACUACGCGACUUGGACCAAUCUGCAAGAUAAUAUCACUAGUAGCGCCAUGGUCUGUACUUAUGGAAUGGUUGACCCAGACUACUAUCUGCCCGUCCUGAUGCAGCGCUAUUUCCUAGACAACCCAGUUGGCCAAAAGCGAGCUUCAGUAUUCUUCAACACAACGGCAGGGUCCAUCAACGCAGCAAAUCAGAAUCUAACCUGGGGCCAACUGGCUCUCAUCAACGCCGAGCGCAUAAUGCGCCUCACAGCUCCAUUUGCCCAAAACCAAACCAAAAAAAAUCUAAUUCACCUGAAACAAGGACAACCCGUUGGCCAAUGGCGAGAUAGCGAGUUCGGUAUCGGCGGAGGCCGCAUUCCCUUCGACGUAAACACAGCUCUCGCCCCAGCAGCUCUCCGCUCCAUAGCCUUACUCGCCCGGGGAGGCAUCUACAAGAACAAACAACAGUGGAGCCAAUUAGCAGACCAAUACGCGCAAAUAUGGGAAGACAAUACCCUUCAAUUCUUCGAAGUCACGAUUCCACAAUCUGAAGCCCAAACGCUCGUCAAAUCAUACAAAAACGCUUCCUCGUUUGCAGGACCAGAUCAAUACUCCUCAAUCGACUCAGAUCUCACAUUCUAUUCCAUAUCUCUCGAUGGGUAUAACAAUUUGUCAAAAGUGAACGUAAUGCACACAGACGACUGUUUCCGACACUACCUCCUGAACACAACAAACAACGCCCAGCUCUCCAAGUUGCUCAAUGCAACCGCUACUAACAUCCGGCGCACGUUCCCAGCUGGUUUGAUGACCGAUGUGGGAAUGCUAAUCGCAAAUCCGGCCUUCGGCGGUGAUCCCGUUUAUGCAAGUAACUGGACGACGGGUGCGUACCACGGGACAGUCGUUUGGUCGUGGCAGCUAGCUAUGAUGGCAAAGGGGCUUGAGUUGCAAAUGGGCCGGUGCGAGGUUACAGCUAACUUUUCUGUACCCUCCGCCAAGAAGAGGGUUGUGGCUGCGCCGGAUUUCUGCACCGAUAAUUCUAUCUUUGAUAAUGUUAAAGCUGCAUAUAAUGUGCUUUGGGAUUCGAUUGAGUUGAACAAUGAUCAGCUUUCGACGGAGAUGUGGUCUUGGGUCUAUUCGGAUGGCAAGUUUCAGGUAACGCAGUUGGUCGAUUUGCCGCCGCCGCCUGGGCUUUCGGGUCAGACU